CCCUCCGGGAACGCAUCGGGAACGCACCGGACCUCGCCUCCAAUCGGCACCGGGAAUUCACCGGGAACCGCUGCUUUGCCUCGGGAACACACCGGGAACCCACCGGGAACCCACCGGGAACUGGCCCCAGAACCCACCGGACCCCGCCGGGAUCCGCUGCUCCGCUCCGGGAACUCAUCAGGAACCGACUCCCGGGAACCAAGUGGACUCCCCACCCUCCGGGACCCGCCGCUCCCUCGGGGAAUCCACCGAGAACCCACCGGACCCCCCCGCCCCCUCCCAACCCCUUAGGGACCCGCUGCUUCCCUCUGGGAGCCGAGAACCGACCCCGCCGCCGGUAACUUGCACCGGGACAGACCCAGGACAGCUGCCUCUGGCACCGGGACCGACUCUGGGAAUCGGGACCCCCGCUGGGGACACCGGCAUCGAGCCGCGACCCCCUCGCAGGACACCGGGACUGAGCCGAGACCCCGUCCCCAGGCGCCCGCACUGACCCCGGGAUCCAGGAGCACCCCCUGAGCACUGGGACUGACCGAGGACACGGUCCCCCAGCGUCGGGAACUGGGACCCCACCCAGGACACUGACACCCACGCGUGAUCCAGGACACCGGGACUGACCCAGGACACCGUCCUCCAGCACCAGGACCCCACUGCAGGCGCCGGCACCCACCAGGGACCCCCACCAGGGACACCGGCUCUGAGCCAGGACAUCGUCCCCCAGCACCGGCUUUGCCACCGGGAACCAGGACCCCCACCCUGGACAUCCACGUUUUCCCAGGACACCAACACUGAUUUGGGACCCCCGCCCAGGGUACCAGGACCCCUUCAGGAUACUGGGACUGACCCAGAACCCCCAUCUGGGCACCGGGAUUGACUUGGGACCCCCGCCCAGGCAUCAGGAGUGACCUGGGACCCCACACAAGGACCCCAACCCAGCCACCGGGAGUGACCCAAGACUCCCUUACACACCCACUCAGGAACCUCCCCACCACCAGCCAGGAAGCCCCCCACCCAACGAGGACACCCCACAGCCCCACCAGGAUGAACUCGUUCGACUCAGCGCCAGGCGAGGACCCCGAGGAGCUCCCGGCCACCGAGAAGGACCUCGCGGAGGACGCGCCCUGGAAGAAGAUCCAGCAGAACACGUUCACACGCUGGUGCAACGAGCACCUCAAGUGCGUGCAGAAGCGCAUCGGGGACCUGCAGCGUGACCUGAGCGACGGGCUGCGCCUCAUCGCCCUGCUCGAGGUGCUCAGCCAGAAGAAGAUGGGGCGAAAGCACCACCCGCGCCCCAACUUCCGCCAGAUGAAGCUGGAGAACGUCUCGGUGGCCCUGGAGUUCCUGGAGCGGGAGCACAUCAAACUCGUGUCCAUCGACAGCAAAGCCAUCGUGGACGGGAACCUGAAACUGAUCCUGGGGCUGAUCUGGACCCUCAUCCUGCACUACUCCAUCUCCAUGCCGAUGUGGGAGGAGGAGGAGGAGGGGGACGAAGGGCGCCGCCAGACCCCCAAGCAGCGGCUGCUGGGCUGGAUCCAGAACAAGGUGCCGCAGCUGCCCAUCACCAACUUCAAUCGCGACUGGCGCGACGGGAAAGCUCUGGGAGCGCUGGUGGACAACUGUGCCCCUGGCCUGUGCCCGGACUGGGAGAAGUGGGAUCCCAACGAGCCGGUGCAGAACGCCCGGGAGGCCAUGCAGCAGGCGGACGACUGGCUGGGGGUCCCCCAGGUGAUCGCCCCCGAGGAGAUCGUGGACCCCGAUGUGGACGAGCACUCGGUGAUGACGUACCUGUCCCAGUUCCCCAAGGCCAAGCUCAAACCGGGGGCCCCCCUGCGCCCCCGGCCCCCCCAGCCUGGCCGUGCCCGCGCCUACGGGCCUGGCAUCGAGCCACAGGGAAAUGUGGUGCUGCGCCCGGCCCAGUUCACGGUGGAGACCCUGGAGGCAGGGGUGGGCGAGGUCCUGGUCUAUGUUGAGGACCCCGAGGGACACACCGAGGAGGCCAAGGUGGUCCCCAACAAUGACAAGAAGCGAACGUACAGCGUCACCUACGUCCCCAAGGUCGCGGGGCUGCACAAGGUGACGGUGCUGUUCGCGGGACAGAACAUCGACGGCAGCCCCUUCGGGGUGGGCGUGGCCAUGGCCCUGGGUGACGCCACCAAGGUGACAGCGCGUGGCCCCGGCCUGGAGCCCGUGGGCAACGUGGCCAACAAGACCACCUACUUUGACAUCUACACUGCAGGGGCCGGCUCGGGCGACGUGGGGGUGGUGAUCACGGACCCCCAGGGCCGGCGGGACACAGUGGAGGUGAUGCUGGAGGACAAAGGGGACAACGUGUUCCGCUGCACCUACCGGCCUGUCCUCGAGGGGCCACACACCAUCUGUGUCACCUACGCUGGCACCCAGGUCCCCAAGAGCCCCUUCACCGUCAACGUGGCUGAAGCCUGCACCCCCUCAGCGGUGCGGGCCGCGGGCCGGGGGCUGCAGCCACGGGGGAUCCGGGUGCAGGAGGUGGCCGACUUCAAGGUGAUGACACGGGGUGCGGGCAGCGGGGACCUGCGGGUGACACUGCGGGGGCCAGGGGGCACGGAGGAGCCGGUGACAGUGCGGGACGUGGGCGACGGCGUCUACGAGUGCGAGUACCUGCCCCGGGUCCCCGGCACCUACCAGGUGUCCAUCACCUGGGGGGGCUACGCCAUCCCCCGCAGCCCGUUCGAGGUGCAGGUGUCCCCCCAGCCAGGGACACAGAAGGUCCGGGCCUGGGGGCCGGGGCUCGAGGGAGGGGUCGUGGGACGCCCUGCAGACUUCGUGGUUGAGGCCAUCGGCACCGAAGUGGGGACCCUUGGGUUCUCCAUCGAGGGCCCGUCGCAGGCGCGCAUCGAGUGCGACGACAAGGGCGACGGCUCAUGUGACGUGCGGUACUGGCCCACCGAGCCGGGGCCCUACGCCGUGCACGUGGUGUGCGACGACGAGGACAUCCGGGACAGCCCCUUCAUGGCCGACAUCCGCCCCGCGCCCCCCGACUCCUGGCCCGACAAGGUGAAGGCCUUCGGGCCGGGGCUGGAGCCCACGGGCUGCAUCGUGGACCGCCCGGCCGAGUUCACCAUCGACGCCCGUGGUGCCGGCAAGGGGCCUCUCAAGCUCUACGCACAGGACGCCGAGGGCUUCCCCAUCGACAUCAAGGUGAAGGACAACGGUGACGGCACCUUCCACUGCGUCUACGUCCCCACCAAAGCCAUCAAGCACACGGUCAUCGUCACCUGGGGGGGCGUCAACACCCCCAACAGCCCCUUCCGCGUGAGCGUGGGGGAGGGCAGCCACCCUGGCAGGGUGAAGGUGCACGGGCCAGGCGUGGAGAAGACGGGGCUGAAGGCCAAUGAACCCACCUACUUCACCGUGGACUGCAGUGAGGCUGGACAGGGUGAUGUCAGCAUUGGGAUCAAGUGUGCCCCGGGGGUGGUGGGGCCCCUCGAGGCCGACAUCGACUUUGACAUCAUCAAGAACGACAACGACACCUUCACGGUCAAGUACACGGCGCCGGGCGCGGGGCUCUACACCAUCAUGGUGCUCUUCGCCAACCAGGAGAUCCCCUCCAGUCCCUUCCGCAUCAAGGUGGACCCGUCCCACGACGCCAGCAAGGUCAAGGCCGAGGGCCCCGGGCUCAGCCGCACGGGGGUGGAGGUGGGGACCCCAACCCACUUCCGUGUGCAGACGCGGGGGGCGGGGAAGGCCCCCCUGGACGUGCGGUUUGCGGGGACGGGGCCCGGCCCGGCCGUCGCCGACUUCGAGGUCAUCGACAAUCACGACUAUUCCUACACCGUCAAGUACACCCCGCUGCAGCAGGGCCCCCUGUCCGUGGUGGUCACCUACGGAGGAGACCCCAUUCCUAAGAGCCCCUUCCCUGUCACCGUGGCCCCCCCCUUGCAGCUGGGCAAGGUCAAAGUGCAGGGGCUCAACAGCAAGGCGGAGGUGGGACAGGUGCAGGAGUUCCAGGUGGAGUCUCAGGGUGCGGGGGGCCAGGGGCACCUGGAGGUGAAGGUGACGGGCCCCUCACGCCGCCCCGUGCCCUGCACGGUGGGACCUGCGCCCCCCGGGGGUCCCCACCCCGUCAGCUUCACCCCCUCCGAGGAGGGGCCCCACCGCGUCGAGAUCACCUACGAUGGGCACCCAGUGCCGGGCAGCCCCUUCCCCGUGGAGGCACUGCUGCCCCCCGACCCCUCCAAGGUGGUGGCCUCGGGACCGGGGCUGCAGGGCGGCCGUGUGGGGGUCCCGGCGCCCUUCUCCAUCGCCACGCAGGGUGCUGGCAGCGGGGGGCUGGGGCUGACGGUGGAGGGGCCUUGCGAGGCCAAGAUCGAGUGCCAGGACAACGGGGACGGCUCCUGCGCCGUGUCCUACCUGCCCACGGUGCCCGGCGAGUACCACAUCAACAUCCUCUUCGCCGGGCGCCACAUCCCGGGCAGCCCCUUCACGGCCGCGGUCACGGCGCCCUUCGACCCGGCCAAGGUGACGGCGUCGGGGCCGGGGCUGGAGCGCGGCCGCGCGGGCGAGGCGGCCGCUUUCUCCGUGGACUGCUCGCAGGCCGGCGAGGCCGAGCUCACCAUCGAGAUCCGCUCCGAGGCCGGCGCCAAGGCCGAGGUGCUGGUGCAGAACAACCGCGACGGCACCUACGCCAUCACCUACACCCCGGCCUGCGCCGGCGCCUACACCAUCACCAUCAACUACGGCGGCCUCCCGGUCCCCAACUGCCCCGUGCGCGUCACCGUCGACCCGGCCGUCGACACCAGCAGCGUCAAGGUCUACGGCAAAGGCGUGGAGCCGCGAGGGGUGCUGCGGGAGGUGGGCACUGAGUUCACGGUGGAUGCGCGGGCUCUGGCCCCCGCGGGGGGACCCCACGUCCGGGCGCGGGUGCUGAACCCCUCGGGGACCCCCAUCGACACCUUCGUCACCGACCUCGGCGAUGGCACCUACCGCGUGGAGUACACACCCUUCGAGGAAGGGCUGCACCGGGUGGAGGUGACAUACGAUGAUGUGGCGGUCCCGAAGAGCCCCUUCCGCGUGGGGGUGACUGAGGGCUGUGACCCCACCCGUGUGCGGGCACACGGUCCCGGCCUGGAGGGCGGCCUGGUGGGCACAGCCAACCACUUCACCGUGGAGACCAGGGGCGCGGGCACCGGGGGGCUGGGUCUGGCCAUCGAGGGUCCCUCGGAGGCCAAGAUGUCCUGCAAGGACAACAAGGACGGGAGCUGUGCGGUGGAGUACGUCCCCUUCACGCCCGGCGACUACGACGUCAACAUCACCUUCGGUGGCCACCCCAUCCCCGGGAGCCCGUUCCGGGUGCGGGUGCGGGAUACCGUGGAUCCCUCGAAGGUGACGUGCUCGGGACCGGGGCUGGGCCCCACCGUCCGUGCACGGCUGCCCCAGACCUUCACCGUGGACGUCAGCGCCGCGGGGCGUGCAGCCCUCGAGGUGACGCUGCUGGGGCCUGCCGGGCUACCAGAGCCCCUGGAGGUCCGAGACAAUGGUGACGGCACCCAUAAGGUCACCUACACCCCGGCCACCGACGGGCCCUACACCGUGGCCGUCAAGUACGGAGGGCAGGAGGUGCCACGCAGCCCCUUCAAGGUGACAGCGCUACCAGCCCACGAUGCCAGCAAGGUGCGGGCGAGCGGCCCCGGGCUGAGCGCGGGGGGCAUCCCCGCCAGCCUCCCCGUUGAGUUCACCAUCGACGCCCGCGACGCUGGCGAGGGGCUCCUCACCGUGCAGAUCCUGCUCAAUGACCCCGAGGGGCAGCCCAAGAAGGCAUCGAUCCGGGACAACGGGGACGGCACCUACACGGUGUCCUACGUGCCCGACGUGCCGGGGCGCUACACCAGCACCGUCAAGUACGGGGGGGAUGAGAUCCCCGCGUCGCCCUUCCGCGUCCUCGCUGUGCCUGCCGGCGAUGCCAGCAAGUGCCUCGUCACAGUAUCCAUUGGGGGCCAUGGACUGGGUGCCUGCCUGGGCCCCACCAUCCAGAUUGGGGAGGAGACGGUGAUCACGGUGGACGCAAAGGCAGCGGGACAGGGCAAGGUCACCUGCAAGGUGUCGACUCCCGACGGCGCCGAGCUGGACGUGGACGUGGUGGAGAACCACGACGGCACCUUCGACAUCUUCUACACCGCGCCCGAGCCUGGCAAAUACGUCAUCACCAUCCGCUUCGGCGGGGAGCACGUCCCCAACAGCCCCUUUCAUGUCCUGGCCACGGACGAGCCCCCGGCCACCGCCGAGAACCUCCGGCCCUUCAACCUCGUCAUCCCCUUCACGGUGCAGAAGGGUGAGAUCACAGGCGAGGUGCGGAUGCCCUCGGGGAAGACGGCACGGCCCAGCAUCACCGACAACAAGGACGGGACGGUGACGGUGCACUAUGCCCCCUCCGAGAAGGGGCUGCACGAGAUGGACAUCCGCUACGACGGCAACCACAUCCCUGGGAGUCCCCUCCAGUUCUACGUGGACGCCAUCAACCCACGCCACGUCAGUGCCUACGGGCCGGGGCUGAGCCACGGCAUGGUCAACAAGCCCUGCACCUUCACCAUCGUCACCAAGGACGCCGGCGAGGGUGGGCUGUCGCUGGCAGUGGAAGGUCCCUCCAAGGCAGAGAUCACCUGUCAGGACAACAAGGACGGGACGUGCACUGUGUCCUACCUGCCCACAGCUCCUGGUGACUACAGCAUCAUCGUGCGCUUCGACGACAAGCACAUCCCGGGCAGCCCCUUCACAGCCAAGAUCACCGGGGACGAUUCCAUGCGCACGUCCCAGCUCAACGUGGGCACCUCGACCGACGUGUCGCUGAAGAUCGCAGAGACCGACCUGAGCCUGCUGGCGGCCACCAUCCGCGCACCCUCGGGCAACGAGGAGCCCUGCCUGCUCAAGAGGCUGCCCAACCGCCACAUCGGCAUCUCCUUCACGCCCAAGGAGGUGGGCGAGCACGUGGUGAGCGUGCGGAAGAGCGGGCAGCACGUCACCAACAGCCCCUUCAAGAUCCUGGUGGGGCAGUCGGAGAUCGGCGAUGCCGGCCGGGUCAAGGUGUGGGGCCAGGGGCUGCUGGAGGGCCACACCUUCGAGGUGGCUGAGUUCAUCGUGGACACACGCAGCGCUGGCUAUGGUGGGCUAGGCCUGUCCAUUGAGGGCCCCAGCAAGGUGGACAUCAACUGUGAGGACGUGGAGGACGGCACCUGCAAGGUCACCUACUGCCCCACCGAGCCCGGCAACUACAUCAUCAACAUCAAGUUUGCUGACAAACAUGUCCCAGGGAGCCCCUUCACAGUGAAGGUGACGGGUGAGGGCCGGAUGAAGGAGAGCAUCACACGCCGACGGCAGGCACCUUCCAUCGCCACCGUUGGUAGCACCUGUGACCUCAACCUCAAAAUCCCAGGGAACUGGUUCCAGAUGGUGUCGGCGCAGGAGCGGCUGACGCGCACGUUCACGCGCAGCAGCCACACCUACACGCGCACGGAGCGCACCGAGAUCAGCAAGACGCGCGGCGGGGAGACCACGCGCGAGGUGCACGUGGAGGAGUCGACCCGCGUGGGCGGCGCCUUCCCCCGAGCCCCUCCGGAGCCCUUCGGCACCUUCGGGGCCUUCGGGCCCCGCGAGGGCAUCGGUGCCUUCGGGGCCCCUGCACGCACACACGAGGGCGAGGCGUCGGUGCAGGAGCUGACAGCGCAGGUGCUGAGCCCGUCGGGGCAGCGGCGCGAGGCCGAGGUGGUGCCGGGGGCCGCGGGGGUCUACAGCGUGCGCUUCGUGCCCCAGGAGACGGGCGCCCACACCGUCAGCGUCAAGUUCCGGGGGCAGCACGUUCCCGGGAGCCCCUUCCAGUUCACCGUGGGUCCCCUGGGAGAGGGUGGUGCCCACAAGGUGCGCGCGGGGGGCACCGGCCUUCAGCGCGCCGUGGCCGGCACGCCAGCUGAGUUCAGCAUCUGGACGCGCGAGGCGGGCGCGGGGGGUCUCUCCAUCGCUGUCGAGGGGCCCAGCAAGGCUGAGAUCUCCUUCGAGGACCGCAAGGACGGCUCCUGUGGUGUCUCCUACCUGGUGCAGGAGCCAGGUGACUAUGAAGUGUCCAUCAAGUUCAACGAGGAGCACAUCCCCGACAGCCCCUUUGUUGUCCCCGUGGCCUCCCACUCUGACGACGCCCGGCGCCUCACUGUCACCAGCCUGCAGGAGACGGUGGCCGUGAACCAGCCGGCGUCGUUUGCGGUGCAGCUGAACGGGGCGCGCGGGGUCAUCGACGCCAAAGUGCACACGCCUGCGGGGGUGGUGGAGGAGUGCUACGUGUCCGAGCUGGACAGCGACCGGUACGCGCUGGGGUUCCUGCCGCGUGAGAACGGGGUGCACUCCAUCGACCUGCGCUUCAACGGGCGCCACGUGCCCGGCAGCCCCUUCAACAUCCGCGUGGGCGAGCAGAGCCAGGCUGGGGACCCCGGGCUCGUCACCGCCUUCGGGCCCGGCCUCGAGGGCGGCCGCACAGGGGUGCCUUCGGAGUUCCUGGUGCAGACGGCCAACGCAGGGGCAGGGGCACUGGCCGUCACCAUCGAUGGCCCCUCCAAGGUGGAGCUGGACUGCACUGAGGUCCCUGAGGGCCACCGUGUCACCUACACCCCCAUGGCCCCUGGCAACUACCUCAUCUCCAUCAAGUACGGGGGUCCCCACCACAUCGUGGGCAGCCCCUUCAAGGCCAAGGUCACCGGCCCUCGGCUGUCGGGGGGGCACAGCCUGCACGAGACCUCGACGGUGCUGGUGGAGCCGGUGGCACGGGGGGGCUCGCGGGGCCCCCCUGCCUUCGGGGGGGUCACCAAGGCCCCGUCGGACGCGGGGCAGGUGGUGGCCCGAGGGCCGGGGCUGGCGAGCGCCCGCCUGGGCCACAAGAACCACUUCACAGUGGACUGCAGCAAGGCCGGCACAAACAUGCUGCUGGUGGGGGUGCACGGCCCCAAGGCGCCGUGCGAGGAGGUGCACGUGAAGCACGAGGGGAACCGGGUGUACACGGUGACCUACAGCGUGCGGGAGCGGGGCGAGUACGUGCUGCUGCUGCGCUGGGGGGACCGCGACGUGCCGGGCAGCCCCUUCCGCGUCACCGCCGCCUGA